CGCUCGAGGAUGGAGGGAGAGCUCGACCAGGUGGUCCAGGCGGUGCUGCAACUCUACUCGCCCUCGACCCCGCCGCACGUCCAGACGGCCCUCCAGCAGCAGCUCCAGCACGUCCAAGGCGCACCCGCAGCCUGGUCCAUCGUCGGCCCGCUCCUGUCGCACCCGGACCCGAGCGUUCGCUUCUUCGCCGCGUCAACCCUCGAGCACAAGCUCUCGCGCCAGUGGGACUCGCUGCCAGGACUCGACGCCGCCCUCCAAGACGAUGGACUCGCGGGCGACCUCGCGGCGCUCAAGGACUCGCUCCUCCAGUGGCUCGCGCACAGCGCCGCCGCCGCCUACCCGUCCUCACGACCCGGCGCGCCAGCACCCGCGCCCGGCGAGCGCCCCGUCGUGCGCAAGCUCGCCGCCGCAGCCACCGCGCUGAGCCUGCGCGUCGAGUCGAGGUGGCGCGACUGGCUCCUCGAGGUCGUCAUGCGCGUCGCCGGCGGCGGAGCGGGCAGGGAGGCGAGCCUCGAGGUGCUCAGCACGGCCAUCGAGCAGGUCGCGAGGGCAGAACUUGUCGGCAGCAAGAGAAUGUCGUACAUGUCGUCGCUCUCGUCCACCAUCCCUCACCUCGUCUCGACCCUGUCGUCGUCCCUCACCUCGUCGUCGCCGUCCGAGAUCACGUCGGCACUCGCCUGCUUCGUGUCGUACCUCAACGCCGGCCAGCUCUCGCACACCGAGCUCACGACCCUGUACCCGCUCCUCCUCCCGCACCUGUCCAACACGUCGACCGUCAUCGCGGCGUGUACCGCCGUCGAGGAGCUCGUCGAGCGUUCUGCGGGCCUGUCGCAGAACAUCUCGGGCAGCAGCAGCGCAACCCGCUUCGUCAAUCGGCAGCGCACGAGCGAGCUCGUGACGGGCUGGGCGACUGGGCCGUUCGUCGCGUCCAUCCUGUCGAGCGCCGUCCAGGACGCCCGAGACGGGUCAGAGCCCGACGACGAGACGCUCGCCGUCUUCAAGCUCGUCGCGACACUCGCCGACCACCUCAUCUCGACCUUGCUCUUCGACCCUCCCCCAUCUUCCUCUUCUUCCGCCGCCGGCCUCGACCCCUCGUACAUCCUCACCCUACGGCAUUCCGCCGUGCACGCCCUCCUCUCGGUCCUCCUCGAGAUGAGCGCCUUCCCGGGCCACAGCGCCGAGUCGUACGCCGUCAACGAGCUCGCGCAGGGCGCGUGGCUCAACCUGCAGGAGCUCGGCGCCGACGAGGGGUUCGUCGCCGGGCCGGGCGACGGGCGAGAGGGCCGCACGGGCAAGGAGGACGAGUGGAGCGUGUACCGGGGCGUGUGGGAGGCGCUUGCGGGCAAGGUGAGGGAGCGGGCGACGAGGCCGGCCGAGGACGAGGUGCGAGGGUGGCCCAAGGACGUGCGGGACGCGUUCCGGGUGUACCGCUCGACGACCCUGAGCGACACGGCGCAGUGGGCCUUCUUCGUCCUGCGCGACUCGAUGAUCGGCAAUCUCGUCCAGCUCGCCGCCGAGCAGGUGUCGCACCCGCCAGGUCCAGGCGCCGACAGCUGCGAGGAGCUCGAGGCGACCCUGUUCGUCCUGUACUCGCUCGGCGAGGUGGUCCCGCUCUCGCCCUCUCUCGCCGAGCUCGACCCGUCGGCGCCACCCACGCCGCUCAACACGUACCUUUCGACCCUGUUCGGCCCCUCGAUCCUCGGCCGCCUCCCGUCCGCGCAGCACUCGUUCCCUUCCCUGCGCUCGACCGCCCUCCGCCUCGUCGGCGCCUACGCGCCCUGGUUCUCGGCCCACGCCGACGCGUGCCUGCAAGCCGUCUCCUUCGUCGUCGCCGGCCUGCAAGAGCCCGAGCUCGUGCCCGGCGCCGCCCGUGCGCUCCGAGGCCUGUGCGACGCCAACCGCAAGGUCCUCGUCGGGCACGUCGCGAGCUUCGUCCAGGUCCUCGGCGGGCUCGAGGGCAAGAUCGACGACGCCGAGCUCGUCAAGGUGCUCGAGAGUGUCGCGAGCGUCGUGCAGGCCCUGCCCGAGAACGAGGUCGUCGAGCCACUAUUGAUACUCGCCAACCCGACCAUCGCCAAACUUGCGUCCUCGGUGCAGGGCCUCGCCCAGGGCCAGCCGGACGACGCUCGCGACCUCGCCUUGCAGCAGCUGUCGUACCUGACGGCGCUCUCGCGCGGCCUGUCGGACCCGGAGGACGACCUCGUCGACCUGGACGCGAGCCUCGACGACUCGCAGCUCGUGCGCGACUCGGCGACGCGCCUCCUGUCGGACGCUCGCGUCGGCGACAUGCGGGCACGCCUCGCGCUCGCCGUCGAGGGCACCGCGCGCGCCUGGGCCGCCGACAUGGAGGUCGUCGGUGCCCUGUCCGAGUACAUUCGCGCGUCGACGAGCGACGCCGUGCCGUCGCCGCUCGCGCUCGACUCGCUCGCGCUCCUCGGCCUCGCGAGCAGUGCGCUCCAACUUGCGCCCAACUCGGUGUGGCUCGCGAUCGAGGGGCAGCUCCUCGCGAGGUUGGCGAGGAGCAGGACCGACGCCGAGAUGCGCGAGGACGAGCUCGUCGAGGUGGCGAGGCCGGUCGAGGUGGCGCUCAAUGUCGUCUUGAGUACGCAUGGCGACCUUUCGGCGAUGGGCGAGAACCCGGACGUCGUUGCCGCAUUCCUCGGGCUGUGCUGCCAGAUUGUCCGCCUGUACCCGCGCAUCUUUAGCGCGCUCCCGGCUCAUUACCUCGAUGCGGUCCUGUCGUUCGCCGAGCGAGGUUUGGCGAUGCAGGAGCAGUUCUCGCUCAAGACGACGAUGGAGCUCCUCCUCCUGAGCGUACAGCAGACCCGCAUGGCGUCAUCGUCGGCCACCCUCUUCUCGACGACGCUCGCGCCUCGAGUCCCGACCCUCGUCCGGGCCGUCCUCCUCGCGAUUGCCGGCGGCGCACCGCGGUCGCACCUGACCCAGCUCAGCGAGCUCCUCCACGCGUGCCUGCUGCGACUCGCCGAGGGCGCGAGACCGGCGGUCAAGGAGCUGUUGGCGCAGCCUGGGUGGCCGAACGAGCGCGCAAGUGAGGAGGUCAAGGGCAAGUUUGGCCGUGCGGUGCUCAGCGCUCGGACGGGCAAGCAGGUGCGCCAGGCGGUGCAGGACUUUGCGCUCGUCUGUCGAGGGCUCGACGGGAGCGCGUACGGCGCGGCGACGACGUCAUCUCGCCUGUCGCUCUCGCCCGCCGUCCACUCGGCCAUCCACUCGACCUAA